AUGCAGUACUUCUCGAAAAGCGGAAAAUUGAGAAUUCGCACAAUCCCAAACUGUAAUGAGAAGAGCACCUUGUCCACGGUACUCAAAGGUGCCGUCAACGAAUACACCCCCAUUGUGAAAGGAUUCAUCCACCCCAAACUCGUCGGAGAGCGACCAGCUGGAGUUCGAGAAAAAGUUUUCACUUUCCGCAAAAAGCAGAAGGCAAGACUGAUUGAUGAGGACGACAAAAAACAAGGAGUCAUCGUAAGGGAGGACAUCGGCACCGGAGGAUGGAUCCUUGAGAUGACGGGAAGGAUUUAUCUGGAAUCAGAAGCUAAGGAGAGAUCAGAAAUGGAAGGCGAAAAUUGUCACCACCUAUAUGAUGGAAUCAAGUUGGGAGGUGACAAAGAGCAGAUUUGCAUGUCGGUCUGGAGAACGGAGACCGUCGGAAAAUACAUCCGUCGGUCUUGCCAGCCGACAUGCGAGCUCCGUCACCUAUUCGGAUCCGAGCUUCAUUUGAUAGUCAUAGCUCGGAAACCAAUGAAGAGAGGGGACGAGGUGACGCUGGCAUUGGAAUCCGAUUGUGUGGAUUUCAAGGAGCAAUUGAAAUGUAUUCACCAUAGAUGGAACCCGGAAGACUGCCCAUUGGAGAAGCAGAGAUUAUUGAGAAAGGCGCAGAAAGAGAGUCCGGCUGCUUACACAACUGUCGUCACCUUAACGGACUCGGGAGAUGAGAUCGAAAACAUCGAACCGAUCGCCCCUAGGUUGGCUGGAUUUGCAAGACCGUCGUCAUCCGAUGCUUCUACUCGUCCAUUUCCAGUAUUGGCGGCUCCUGGAGUGAUUCUCCAAGGACUUCGUGAAAAUGAGGAAAAUCUUCCCGUCGCUCAAGUACCAACGACUUCUCCUAAACUUGUCGAUCCUCCAAUAAUUUGCAUCCAUCCUCUCCCUCUCCGUGAUCCAAUUGCCACGUCACCGCGAGCGCCACGUCUGAAUUUUCCCCUGCCAUCAUUCAACUUCAACCCAUUGCCAUCCACAUUUGCAAAUCCCUCACCACCUACCGUAACCCGCAAUACGUACUCGGAGCAAGCGGAAGCCAUCCUCCGUCCGCACUUCACCAUCCCACCAGCCCAUCAUCAGGAGAUCAUCUCGAAUAUCAAAAACAAUCCGAGAGUCACUAAACAACCAUUUUCAUGUAAUCUCUUAUUGAAAGAGGAUGUUGGGAAGGAUGAGUUGCUGUUCGAGAUGACUGGUUAUUUCAAAAAACGGAGUGAAGAGAACGCCGAAAGGAGUAAACGACAUCAUAUCGUAAUCGAUGGAAUGCCUCUCAGUCUGGAGACACGGCAACAGGACACUCUCGCAAAAAUAUGA